AUGUCGCACUCCCCAGACCCUCACAUCGCCCCCAGCGGUUCCCUGAACCACCACUCUCGCUACACACAUCGCCAUUUACAGCUCCUACGGCAAUGCUCACCCUCAUCGCCGCUGCGCGUCAUCGCGCACGUCGACCUAGACGCUUUCUACGCGCAAUGCGAGAUGGUGCGGCUUCAGACGCCGCGCGAGGCGCCCCUCGCCGUGCGGCAGUGGGAUUCCCUAAUCGCCAUUAAUUAUCCUGCGCGGGCGUUUGGGAUCACGAGGCUGAUUGCCGCGAGGGAAGCCCAGAAGCUGUGUCCGCAGAUUAUCCUGCAGCAUGUCGCGACGUUCCGGGAGGGCGAGGGCGGGAAGUGGGCGUAUCGUGAUGAUGCGUUCAAGCGGGUGGCUACGGAUAAGGUGUGCUUGGAUCCGUACCGUGCGGAGUCGAGGAAGAUCUUGAAGGUCAUGAAGGAGGAGCUGUCAAGGUGGCAUGAGGGUUUGGUGGGUGGUGGUGGUGAUGGACCUCACAUACCGGAGGCCGGACUGGAGAAGGCUAGCGUUGAUGAGGUGUUUAUGGACUUGUCGUCGCUGGUUUAUGGCGUGCUUUUGCAAAGGUAUCCCGAGCUAAGGAUGGAACCGCAUCAGGAGGAUGAUCGAGUGGCCGCGUUGCCGCGUCCGCCUACGACCGCUGUGGAGUGGAACCAGGCUGAUUGUCUUGUGGACUUGGAUGAGAAUGAGACGGAGCUUGAGGACCCUGACUGGGAUGAUAUUGCUAUGCUGAUUGGGGCGGAGAUUGUGCGGUCAGUUCGUGCGGUCGUAUGGGACAGGCUGCAGUAUACCUGCUCUGCGGGCGUUGCGCGGAACAAAAUGAUGGCCAAAUUGGGGAGCUCGACCAACAAGCCGGACAAACAAACCAUUGUGCGGAACCGCGCCGUGCAAAAUUUCCUUGGGGGGUUCAGGUUCACCAAGAUCAGGAUGCUUGGAGGCAAGCUUGGGGAGGAAGUAGCCGCGCAUUUCGGGACAGAGCAAGUCAGCGAGUUGCUGCAGGUCCCUUUGGAACAAUUUCGGGCGAAAUUAGACGACGGCACGGCCUCCUGGAUAUACAACAUUAUUCGCGGAGAGGACAAGAGCGAAGUCAAUUCCAGGACGCAGACCAAAUCGAUGUCGUCUGUCAAGGCAUUCCGCCCGAGUAUCAACUCCGUCGAUCAAGCUGAGAAGUGGGUGCGCAUUUUUGCGGCUGACAUCUAUGGUCGUCUUGUUGAGGAUGGGAUCUUGGAACAUCGCCGACGCCCGCGGACCGUUACUAUACAUCACAGGCAAGGAUCGCAGACCCGCUCACGUCAGCUGGCUAUCCCCGGUGCGGCACCGAUUGACGACGACCUGCUCUUUGAGCUUGGCAAGACCUUACUACGACAAGUUGCAGGCGAUGGGAACCUUUGGCCGUGCGGAAACCUGUCCUUGAGUGUUGGUGGGUUCGAAGAGGGCGUUGCGAAAAACAAAGCAAUUGACGCAUUUCUCCUCCGAGGCAGCCAAGCUAGAGAUGUCAGUAUCUCCGCAAGAAAAAGCGACCAGAGCGAUGCACCAGGUAUAGAACAGCGCAACGAGAAGCGCAGGAAAAUCGAAGAUGACGGUAUCAAACGCUUCUUCAACAAACCCGUCGGGGACGAGCCGAAACCCCACCCCAGCGACUUUGAGCCAGAAAGCACCGAAGGCGUGCAUCUCCCCGAGAAUGAUCGCUUGGAUAUCACCUCGACCGAGGUUUCCUCCGAUAUUUUCACCUGCGAUAGAUGCGGGAAGUCGCUGCCGGACUAUGAAAAGGACGAACAUGACGACUGGCAUUUUGCGAAAGACCUGGAGAGCGAAGAGAGGCAGGCAGCACGGGCGUCUCAACAAGUGUCCAGUCCCGUCAACAGUCCCGGUCCGUCCAAUCCUCGUGGUAGAGGAGGCCGCCGUGGUCAUGGUAAGCCCGAGAAAGGACAGAAACGACUUGCGUUUGGCUAG